UCCCUUUGCCUCCUGGCUUUGACUCCCUGCUCUCGCUCUCAGAUGCGUCGCUGCUCCAAAGCAAGGCAUCGCAGGCGCUCCGCUUCGUCCCUUCCCUUCCCUUGGACAUCCAAGGCCAAUAUGACCCGGGAGAGCCUUCUUCCAUAGGGAAUAAAAGGAUUUUGGGAGCCAACUCCAAUGAUGUGCACCUUAAGUCGGGGUUUCAAAGCCCUUUUCCUAAUGAUAAUAUGCAGAUUAACAAAUGUUUCCACUGCUGAAGGAAAAGGUGAAAUCCUUCCUCCAACCAUACAGAAGAUAAUGAAAGGAUAUAAUAAGUAUCUACGACCAUUUUUUGACAAUGGCCCUGUCUCGAUUGGAAUGAGCAUGGAUAUAGCAAGCAUCGAUACAAUCUCAGAAAUAAAUAUGGAUUACACAGCUACUAUCUUCUUAAGACAACGAUGGACCGACGAGCGCCUUUGUUUCGAGGGUAAUAAGAGCUUAAGCUUAGAUGGCCGCCUUGUAGAAAUGCUUUGGGUACCAGACACCUUUAUAGUGGACUCAAAAAAGUCUUUUCUUCAUGAUAUCACUGUUGAAAACCGUCUAAUCAGAAUAUAUCCCAAUGGAACAGUCCUUUAUGCUAUACGGAUAACGACAACAGUUGCCUGUAGUAUGGAUUUGACUAAAUACCCUAUGGACAAGCAGACAUGCACCUUGCAACUGGAAAGCUGGGGUUAUAACAUUAAUGAUGUCAUGUUUUACUGGACAAGAGGGAAUGACUCCGUAAGUGGUUUGGAUACCCUUCGAUUGGCACAAUAUACAGUAGAGGACUACUAUACUUCAGUAUCUGAAGCUGUUUAUGAAACAGGACAUUAUCCAAAGCUGGUCUUUCAUUUUGAACUCAAGAGGAAUAUCCUGUAUUUUAUCCUUGAGACAUAUGUACCAUCCAGCUUACUGGUUGUUCUGUCCUGGGUGUCAUUCUGGAUAAGCCAGUCAUCAGUGCCAGCCAGAAUCUGCAUAGGUGUUACAACUGUACUCACCAUGACAACUCUUAUGAUGGGAGCCAGGACAUCACUUCCUAAUGCUAAUUGCUUCAUUAAGGCAAUUGAUGUCUACCUGGGCAUUUGCUUUAGUUUCAUCUUUGGCGCUUUAUUGGAGUAUGCUGUGGCUCACUUCUGUACCCUUAAUAGAGCUGGUAUGAAAAAACUGACAAAGGAGGAAGAUCAAGAGGCUGAGGAAGAGAUCAAUGGCGUCCUGUCUGCGAUUGCCAACAGUUGCAAGGCUGAAAAGCUGAACAGAGCUGAUUCAGACAAGCUCACCAAAACCUCCAGCGGUAAAAAAGAAGAGAAAAGGAGACACAGCAGGUGUCAUUCACCAAUGACCGUGAUGAAAAGACUGUUCUGUAUAUUUGACUGCUUCCAUGUUAAAAACCCAUACCACAUAGACAAUUAUGCCCGGCUUUCGUUCCCCUUAUCAUUUAUCAUAGUAAAUGUUUUUUACUGGGUGUAUUACUUGUAUUUUUAAGUGUUUACUAUUUCUCAUGAAAGGGGCACCAACUUGUGUCAGAGAAAAGCACUGCACUGCAUUUGGAUGUCAAAAGGAGCUUGUCAUUUUAUUGAGUAGUAUUUAUGUUGUUUCUGAGUAAAUUACACCUGUUAAACGACCAUAGUGCAAAACCUGUUGUUUGUUCAACAGCUUUUUUUAAGGACCUCAUUUUUAGCAUGCUUGCUAUUAUUGUUUGUAAUAUUGACUGAAUGGCAGAACACUUUUUCAAAACUUACUUGUAAAACUUUGUUAAAUGAUGCUUACAUAACACUACUUUGGGCUGUGAUAAAUAUCUUGAAAAAUGA